AUGAGGGCCGCAGAGAAAUACUGCCAAGGAGAUCAUGGAGAUUUGGCUGCCCCCGAAGGCCAGGAACUUUGGGGUCAGCCAUUUUCUUCUAGUGGAUCUUCCAUUAGGGACCGAUGCAGCCCAGGCCCUCCACAGGCUCCAGUCACGUAUCAGUGCCGGCCCCUGGUCACGGAAUGUGACAAUAUGCUGAUGCUCCUCGGGGUCAGUAAUAAAAUCACCGGCAGGGAAAGGGAUAAAGUGAUCCCCCUACUUAUACAGGGCUUUAAAGAUGCAGCAGAGGAAGCAGGAACGUCGGUAACAGGUGGCCAAACGGUAUUAAACCCCUGGAUCGUUUUGGGAGGAGUCGCUACAACUGUCUGCCAGCCCAAUGAAUUUAUCAUGCCAGAUAAUGAAGUGCCAGGAGACAUGUUGGUGUUAACGAAACCCCUGGGGACACAAGUUGCUGUCGCAGUGCAUCAGUGGCUGUACAUUGCUGAAAAAUGGAAUAAAAUUAAAUUAGUGGUCACCCAAGAAGAUGUGGAGCUGGCUUACCAGGAAGCGAUGAUGGAUAUGGUCAGGCUCAAUGGAACAGCUGCAGGACUCAUGCACACAUUCAACGCCCAUGCUGCCACCGACAUCACUGGCUUCGGGAUUUUGGGCCACGCACAGAACCUAUCCAAGCAGCAGAGGAACGAGGUGUCAUUUGUGAUUCACAACCUUCCUGUGCUGGCUAAGAUGGCUGCUGUGAGCAAAGCCUGUGGAAACAUGUUUGACCUCAUGCAUGGGACCUGCCUGGAGACAUCAGGAAGCCUUCUAAUCUGUUUACUACGUGAGCAAGCAGCUCGGUUCUGUGCAGAGAUAAAGUCCCCCAAAUAUGGUGAAGGUCACCAAGCAUGGAUUAUUGGGAUUGUAGAGAAGGGCAACUGUACCGCCAGAAUCAUAGACAAACCCAGGAUCAUUGAAGUCGCACCACCUGUGGCCACUCAGAAUGUGAGCCCCACGCCCGGUGCCACCUCUUAA